AUGACAUCGACUAAUCAGGGGAGCACGAAGGCACGACCAGGCUCAAAAGCUGUCUGAUGAUGCGUUUGCGAGCUGGACCAAGGCUGGUCCUUGCUGCUAUGGCAAACCCUAUGCAUUCAUCCUACACACAUCCACCCCUACGGCAAUCGGCAGACUCACCUGAGCAGCAUUUCAAGCUCCGACUUCUAGCGAGACCUCAUGGGGAGAAGGACGGGGGAGGUGAGGUCUAACCGCUGCCCCAAUGAUACAACAUCGACAGCAGCAGCAGCCAUGAGUGAAUGAAUUCUCGAGCUUCCCUUCUGCUGUUUCUACUCACUCGUGCUCUCGAACAAGCUGUGCACCAUGGAAAAGUUCUCCUCAUUCCUCAAACCACACCGAUAUGUCUCGCUCACCCAAGACUCACAAGCCUCAGACUCCAUGGAGAAACUGUUAGAACCACAGGAACUCGAGGCCCGGAUACGUCAUGGACGAUCGGGCGUGCUGCUGACGUGGUGCCGAGCAGCAUACCUCCUCAUAGCUUGGGUCUUGACAGCUUCAUUGGCAAGCCUGUGGCUGAAUGCGCUUGUCAAUCCUUCUGACCUCAGAGGGAUUGAACUGAAGGAUCUCGAAUUCAAGGCCGCUGAAAGCUGGAUUGAGCGAGACAUUGUCAAAUUCACCGGCACACCCAUCUUUGAGACACAAGAUAUCGUAUACAGAGAGUACAACCGAGAUUACAAGCAAUACCUUGGAAAUUCUACCGAAGCCCGGGACAAUUGGCAUGAACUACUGCGUGAUCGAUACUUUCUGGUCACUGAAGACGAAAUGAAAGCCAUCUAUCCGAACAACUAUAAGGAGUACUAUCACACCGCGCUGGGGUGGUGGAUUGGACUUGAUGGAUUUCAUAUCCUGCACUGCGUUUGGGUAGUGGGCAAAGCACUCGACCAGGCCAGAUCUGGAAAGGCCGAGGACAGCGAGUAUCAACGUUAUCACGAAGACCACUGCCUAGACAUUAUUCGACAAUCAGUCCAAUGCAAUAUGGACCUGACUCCCAUACCCGAACGCAGAUGGCACACCACUGAGCAUCAUUUCAUCGACUCGGAUCAAAAACACGUCUGCCGGAACAUAUGGACCUUGCGCAAAUUCCUGGACGUGCGACAAAACCGAACCAAACAACUCAUCGCCGAGUACGAAGAGCGAGAGGGCAAGCCCUGGGUCGAAGAAGACAGUGCCAUGGGUGUCUUUGGCUUUCCGGAAUGGAAAGGUGAGAUGAAGGAUUAUCGACCUCCUUAUCUCGUAGAAAAGCUGUCCGAGUGAGUGAGUGAGUGAGUGAGCGAGUGAGAGAGUGUGUGUCUGAGAGAGUGUGAGAGUGUGUGAGAGAGAGAGAGAGUGUGUGUGUGUGGGUGUGGGUGUGUGUACCUGUGUGUAUACCUGUGGACUUGUGGGCAGUGAGAAAGAUCCUGCCAACCUUGCUGCUGCUGCUGCUGCUGCGAACCUCUUCAGAACCCGAUUUUGACCCGAUCUUGCCUCGAUUUUGCAUACAUCUCGUCAAGUACCUGGUAACUUACUUUAGAGAAGAUACCUUAUAUACCAAAAAGAAAAACUCCAACUCC